AUGAUGGAAGAGGAACUCGAAGCCCGUCGGCUAGCCAACGAGAAGAAGCUUGCUCUGUACGAUGAGCUGUUGAUGAACGCGGAGGAAUUGGACCCCAAACUGGCGUUGUCGCUGAAACAGGAAAAGCUGCAGGCGAUUGAUGAACAAAUGGAGCUCUUGCAACAGCUCUAUGAACAGCGAGCGCAGCAAGAAGACACUCCCACUGAAUGGUCAUCAGAGACGGACUCUCAGUCAGCGGCUAAUGCGAAAUCGGAUUGGAGCGAACAGAUCAAGUCGAUUGGAGACCAAAUGAAUCUUCUCGAAGACAUGUACAAUAAUCGUCGUCAAGGCGGUGGAGUACCAUCGCAGGAUCAAGCCCCCAUGCACCAAGAAGACGAUUGGACGGUGCAAACCGAAGACGAUUCGAUUGCACAAUCAUCGGAAGCAGCGCAAGCCACGUCCUUGCUCGCUGGUUCCAAGUCAUCGCAUCGUGCAUCACUGACGAGUCGACUGUUUGGACGACGCCACAAACAGCGAUCGCCAUCUCCGGCACGGUUUUGGAAAAAGGCGUUUGUGGCCGAAAUUGACGAAGAAAUCGAUUCCAUGCGCGAUUAUUUGCGACAACUCGAAAUUGGGGGAGAAACUGCAUCUCCGCAUCAAGAACAACAUCACAGCAACAGCAGUUGCAAACCCAAACGAGCCAGUAGUCCGUCGUGGCGAGCCUUUUCGUCGUCCACGACGACCAAGGGGCGAAGUUCCAGAAAGCAGUCUCCCGCCCGAAAAAAGCCACGGGGUCGAUCGCCGGAUCGAGGAUUGGUGACGACUCGGUAA